CCACCCUAGAAGCCCAAACAUCCCACAGAACAAGAAGUUCGAGUUUAGAAAUCCAAAGACCUCUGUAUUCCUGAAUUCCUUCUCUGACGAAGACACCUGUGUGAGAACAGUGCCUCAAACAAACCAGGCUCAGAACUGCAGCGAUGAAAUCACCGAGGAGGUGACCAGCCUGACUUCCCACAGGCCUUGCGUGGAAAACAAGAAGGGCAAGACCGGGCAGGCAUUGGAGAGUUUGCUGCCUGAAGGAGAGAAAACACUUCAAAAUAGCAGAGGGGAGCCUAGAACUCCCGAGCAGUCUUUGGAGACCAGAACAGCCAUGAGAGACAAACUCCGGACCAAACCGGGCCUCAUCAUCCGAGGCAUGAUGGCCGGUCCGACCGCCAGCUUUCAAGAGGAUUCUUUGAAAAGAAGGCAUCUGAAACGACCCUCUGGGGUCAGUAACCCAGCCCAACUGCGAGAGGAAGACAAUACAAAAAGCAUUUUCAGCACAGCAAGCAAAAAUUUCCCCGAGACUGAAGGAACUGCUAGACAACCUGCGAAUCUCCUCUCUUUACGCUCUGCCAGUUCCCUGGACGAAGGGAAGGAGCAUUCCUCCAAGACGUUGUUCAGUCCCCAUGCAAGCAGAGGGGACUGGAAAGCCAGACAUUCCAUCCAAGAUGAAAGCGACCUGCCGGGCAGGCGGCUGUCUGACGGUCCCCAAGAUGGAGUCAGGAAAUCUGCAUCUAGCCGCGAUCCGAAGGCAAACGAGAAAAGCUACCAACUAACUGGUUUUCAGAGGCCCCUGGAAGGCGAGAAAAAAGAGAACAGAAAGAGCGAAGCUCAGUUUUUGGAUUGCAGAAGGACUCUGGCGUCCAUUUCCAGUCAAGGCAGCUGCGGGGAGGAUGCUUUGGAGCUAGUUGACGUCGAGGACGAAGUACCUGCUGUGGAGGUUUCCAAGAUCUCUGAUCCAUCCGCGAUGGUUGUGCUCCAACUGAAGUCAAAACCUAUUGACUUUUGCCUGGCCAGAGACCUGAAAAUCUUAUUGUUUGGCUCCAGCCUCGGCUGCUUCAGCGAGGAGUGGAAAAUUCAGAGCUUCGUUUUCAGCGAUGUGCCGGAGCUCAAGUAUGGCAUCGUGCAAAGAAAGGGGGGACCGUGCGGGGUCCUGGCCGCCGUCCAAGGCUGUGUCCUGCGACAUCUUAUCUUCGGAGACAGCGGCGGGAACAGCGGCGACGCUUCCAGGAGCCUCCAGCCUUCGGAAGCCCACAGGACCAGAUGCCUGGCUUUGGCUUUCGCGGAUAUCUUGUGGCGUGCCGGCGGUGGCGAGACGGCCACCGUGGCCUUAUGCUCAGGAACACAGCAGUUCACCCCCGCAGGGAAAUACAAAGCAGAUGGGAUCUUGGAAACGAUCACGUUACACGUCGCCACAAGAUACAAAGACCUGCUGAGGUUUUUGCAGCAGAACAUUUCUCAGUUUGAAUCUGGCCCUCACGGAUGCAUUCUUCUAACUCUGUCUGCAAUAUUAUCAAGAUCCAUCAAUCAAAUUCGGGGAGAUUUUGACGUGAUCACGAACCAGCUGAUCGGGGCGCAUGGAUACUGUACACAGGAGCUGGUGAAUCUGCUGCUGACGGGCAAAGCCGUGUCCAACGUUUUCAAUGACGUCGUCGAGCUGGACUCUGGCAACGGCAACACCACGGCUUUGAAAGGGAUCUCCGGCCGGAGCGACAUCGGCUUGCUGUCCCUGUUUGAGCACUAUGACGUCUGCCAGGUGGGCUGUUAUUUAAAGACCCCCAAGUUUCCCAUCUGGCUGGUCUGCAGCGAGAGUCACUUCAGCGUUCUCUUCGGCACGCGGAAGGAUUUGCUCGGGGACUGGAAAACGGAGCGGCGGUUUGACCUGUACUACUAUGACGGCUUGGCCAAUCAGCAAGAGGAUAUCCGCCUGACCAUCGAUACAUCUCAGCCUUAUCUUGAGGACCCGGAAAGCGACCUCAUUCCUCCGUUGGAACACUGCAUAAGGACCAAAUGGAAAGGAGCUGUCGUCAACUGGAACGGCACCGAACCCAUCCUGUGACCAACCUGACCGGGCCGGCUGGAAACUAGCCCUAUUCCCAUACUCGGAGGAAGUUGGACAGCUGCUGCGCCUUGUUGUGUUGCACUCGACAGGACAGGGGGAUGCAGGAGGGGAGAGGCCAAGGUUUCGUUUUGCCUUCGUCCAUUGCACCAACAGCAGAGGCAUAGGUCUGGAGCUGCUUCCCUUUUCUGUGUUCGGCCGGCCUGCGUGUGAAAGCGAGGAUCAACCUGCACAGCCAACAUAAGCAGCAGGGGAAGAGCAGUAAAUCUGUCAACGGCUCCGUUCCUGAACCUGCUCCUCUGUGUCCUGCCAUUGUAUACAACGGAUCAACCGAACAACAGGGACUACGCCCACAUUUUCUUUUUCAGCUCUGGCUGUUUUCCGCCAUCUCCAUUCACAAUCAAGGCCAGCCAAAGUAUAGACAAAGAAACAUGGAAGGAAUCCUCCAUCCCAGCUGGAUUUCUGUUUGGCUCCCAACACGCUUUGGACCACCCACCAUUGGUGUCGACUCUGGGUUUUGGAUACUUGGACUACUGGGGGGGCGGGGCAGGGGGACUCAAACAUGAUUUUAUCCCACUCAUAAUUUCACCGGGAGGGGGAUUUCUUUACUGGGCCACACAAAGCUGCUAGCUAGGAGAUUCAUAGGUUACCCAUCUAAUAAACUAAAGUACAAUAUUGUAAGCAUGCUAAGAAAGGAAAGAAACCUGGUAAGCUUGAUUUUAAAAACAAACUUUAAAAGAGAGGGGGACACCACAGGUAGUUUGCAUUUUUAUGGGUACAUUUGCCUGGGGAUUGGGACUGCAAAUUUCCUUUUUGUAUUAUCAGUUAAAUUAUACCGAAUUUCCCCACCCCUCUUGUGGAAGCCAAUUGGGAAGGCCCGUCCUAUCACAAUAGGAUGGUCCGGAUUCGUGCACUUAGUGCUAAUAAAUGUUUACACACCGGGAGGGGACAUCAGAGAAUUUUGGGCAGGCUGAUUCCCUUGGUAAACAUGACAUCUGGUCAAAACUUUGGUUACAGGAGGCAUUUUAUAAGAUGCACGCUCUUAAAAUCUUUAUAAAAUAAACCCUUAAGAAGUGGGAAGUUUCCUGCUUUGGUUUCACCAAAUUCGCUAAUCACCCCAAAGGGAUCCAACGCAGAAGUCUGCCAUCUUUUUUCACCGGGUUCUUGGUCUAUCUUUUACAAGUUCACCCAAUUUCAUCUUCUAGGUUGAGCUUGUGGGUUGUAGCCAGAUAGCAUUUGAGCUGUACUGUGUGAUUCUAGGUAAUGUUAUUUGAAGAGUUGGGUGGGAGGGGGACUGACAGAGACCAGAAUGUUGGCCCCCAACCUGUGCCUUAGAGUUGCAGCAACGAAAUUUGCCAGCACCUAUUUCAGCGACCUUCUGCCUGCCAUUUUGUUGCUUGCUAAUCAGAACAAAAAAACAUUAUUUAUGAGCAUUGUUUCAAUAAAGGGUAGUUUGGAUAA